CAUGCACUGCGAGGUCUGCGGUAUAUUAUUGACAAAGAAAAGAAGGCUGAAGAGAAACAACAACAGGGUGGGAACAGAAGCACCAGCGUUAUACGAACCCGUGUGCUGACAACAAGUAACGCAUUGUGGCGAUGAGAGCGGGAAGUGCCGUUUCCACCUAAAGGGAGUCUACACAGCGUGAUAGCUCGUGGCAAGAGGGGUGGGGGGGCCCAGGCAGACCGUGGACGGGGAAGGGGACGAGCUCAGCUGGAGCCAAUGCAGCAGCAGCAGCAUCGACAGCCUGAGCUGGUGGAGGGAAGCCUUCCCGUGUUCGUGUUCCCCACUGAGCUCAUCUUCUACGCCGAUGAGCAGACAUCUCACAAGCAGGUGCUCACCCUCUACAACCCCUAUGAGUUCGCCCUCAAGUUUAAAGUGCUGUGCACAGCGCCAAACAAAUACACUGUGGUUGAUGCCACUGGAGCAGUCAAGCCACAGUGCUGUGUCGACAUAGUAAUCCGACACAGAGAUGUGCGCGCGUGCCACUAUGGGGUGUACGACAAGUUCCGACUGCAGGUGUCGGAGCAGAGUCAGAGGAAAGCCCUGGGCCACAAAGAGGUGACGGCCACGCUCCGCCCCUCAGCCUCGCAGGAGCCGCCCAGCCCCCGCUUCCAAGAUGAGGAGCGCCGACUUAAAGAGCAGUUUGCGGUCAGCGAGUUUUUCGAGCAGACUGCUGCGUGUCCGACAGAGAGCCGUCCUGCUGCUGGGGGCCCCAGCCUGCUGACGGUGCUGCUUGGGCUGGUGUGUAUGGCCGCCCUGAUGCUCCCAACCCUGGGGGAGCAAGACUUUACUGUGCCUGUCUACCUCCACUUAAGUAUUAACAAGAAACUUGUAGCUGCUUAUGUUCUCGGUCUUCUUACGAUGGUCAUUCUACGCACAUGAAGUGCUGAGAGGAGGGGAAAUGAUCCAAAGACGGAGAGAACACCCUCACACCCUGGAGGCUCUGCUACGCUUCAACGAGUACAGCGGACGGGUCGUGGUACUUACUCAGCUGGCUCCGCCCCGUGCAAAAUACAUUUUAGUAUACUUGUUUUCAAAUCCACGUAUUUGUGUUUGUACGCAAACUGAACCGACGCAAAUGGAGACCCCCAGUGUGUCGGUCUAAAGAACGGUAGAGACAGGAAACACGAGGCCAUUCAAAGUGUUGUUUGAGCUCAUACUCCCCGUGUCCGUGUUUCUGUUGCCGUUAUGUACCAGACUAUGAUUAACUCGAGUGUGAAGGAACCUACAUGCAAACAUUAUACAUGUGUAUAUAAAGCCAUUACAACGUUGUGGUAUCGACCUGUAACCAUCAUUAUAUUCAUGCUUUGAAGCAUUUUCAGUAUAGACGCCGAGGACUAAAUGCAGUCAUUUGCAUGUGUGGACACUUUAUCUGGUUGAGUUUUUAAAGAUACUUUCACACGUCACCAAAUCAGAAACCUUCUUGUGAAGAUAGUGGUUUGUUCGCUACAUCAAUGCUACACAUGUACGUGUAAUAAAAGGCUCAAUACAGCUGUCUGGUAUAAAAUGAGAUCAGGUUAUUUUGUGUACCUUACAAGUUGGUUGAGGUUUAGAAAUGACACUAUCCUUCAGUAAUGUGUUUUAGUGCUAAAAGGACAAAAGAUUCUCCUUGGAACAUUCAAAACAGCUUCACGCUCGUAAUAAAGAAAUAAUUUAUUUAGUCCUGACGUCCGCCACAGUUGCAAUCACAAAAAGACACGAGCACAGCCAAGUUGUGAGCCAGCGUGGCAGAUUGCAGCCUUUCCAUUGCAGUCACACAGUAGAAGAUUUGCUGAAUUCAUGCCCUGAACACUUCAUAAGACGACAGAAAAUAUCAAAUAUCUUUACAGCAGGGCAGGCUGACUGCUUUGUAUAUCGAGGGAAAAGACUGUUUAAAAAAUAAAAAUAACUGCAGCCACACGUCUUUAAGUUAAAAGGGCGCCCUCUCUUUUUUUUACAUACACGUUAAUGGCGACAGAGCCUUGAAAGGGUUCAUAUGUAUGAGUUACACAGGGGAUAUGGACACCGGGGCCAUGACAGUUCAAAGCUAAUUUAGGUGCAAAAAGAAAUACAAAAUUGGCAGUACAGGCUUUACCUCUACAUACUGCACUCUUGGAUCAUGUUUUACGACAAAGUCAAGUUUCGCUUCUGCCCUGCUUACACACGGGCUGAAACAUCACAGGAUUGUGCAUCCUGUGCAAAAAGCUAUUUGAAUAAAAGUAACCACAGCAGUCUCUUCCCUCACAAUGCGGCGGUGCCAUU